CUCCAAAAGACAAUCACAUUUGCUAGAUAUAUACCAUGUACGGUAUCAUGCCUCUUGAAGAGUACGUUGCUAACUAUGACUCCAUCCUUGAAAACAAACCUUUCAAAUACGGCAAUAUGAAAGGGAAAAAACUAGACAAAUCCAAAUUCUUUAACGACUACUCAGACUAUGAAAUAUUGCUCCGAAACGAAGUGCCGCCAAAAUACUUCAAAUAUUUCGAUGACUUUUCAUCGGAUUCCAUGAUAGAUGACAUAGAAAUUGGAAGGUCAAAUAACCUGAACCUCAGUCCUGUAAAAAACCACCAAGAAAAUGGUGUCAAAGACAGUGAACUACUAUCAAAGAAGGAGAGCAAGUUGGAAAGCGACUCCACCACUUUGUUCAGAAAUUUGAAAAAGUCGUUAGUCAACGACGAAAACAGUUUCAGUCUUGAUCUGGGUAACCUGGAUUUGCCAAACUCCAUUAAUAGGAAGAGAAAUUUGCCGGCCAAAUCACUCAAAACAAAUCCAACAAGUAAUCACAAGUUCCAUACAUCCGACACGUCUGAAAUUGAUGGUCUUGAAGACUUUGAUGCGCUUUACGAGAAAACUUUCAAACUAUUGAACAAGAACAGCUUAGUCGAUAAGGAAGGUAAACAAUUGAAUAUGAUGAUCCAGUCCUUAUUGGAAACUCUGAAAACGAUAAAGGACGAAAAUAUCCAAUACAAAGCUAACUCGGAGAAUAUGAAACUGAUUAUAAAAGAUCUAAACAGCCUAAUCAAUUCCUAUAAAACAAAGUUGAGAGACUAUUUUGAGGAAAAUAGAUCGCUAAAAACUAUGAUCAAGGAUGAGAGAAAAACGGCUAGAGAUAUUAAGUCUUCAAACAUUAGUCGGAAUACUUUUGAGAUCGAAAGUGAUGAUCUUCAAUCAAUAGAUAAACAAAUAUAUUUGUUACAAGUAAAAAGGCAAAGGCUGAUUGAAAGAAAAAAAAUGAUUAGAGAGACUAAGGAAGUUAGUUUGGAUGAUUUAUCUGAAGAUAUUGUUCAGAAACUCCUAAAACAGUUGCAAGAGCAUAGUGGUCAUACGGAUGAGAGCAUGAAUUCAUCUGAUACCGGCAAUGGCAACCAUAACGACUGUCCAUUUUGCAAAAAAGAAUCAAAACAAUCUGAUAAUUUAUUGACGAAAUUACUUUCAACUUCCCACACGAGCUCACUAGAUCAGGAUGAGGUCAUAGAUCUAUUGGCAUCUCGUAUAAAAUUUAAGCUGGACACCAGCAAUGAUGGCAAAAAGCUUCCAGACAUAUGGUAGCUACAUAGUGAAUUAAUGUCUUAUUUAGACUGGUAUGACGUAUCAUUUGUGUAAAUUAUAGUUCUUAAAAAACUUAAGCUAGUUUCUAACUUACAUAUGAUCAUUAUCUAUUUUUUCCCCUUCUUUUUGUUCUUCUUCUUCUUCUGGAUAGGCUCCGGGGUAGUUUCUGCUUCUACCUUUAUUUUUUCGUUAGAUGGAACACAUUCGCUAACCUCUUUUAUGACUAAAUCUUUAUCUGUAUUUGACAACAAUAAACUCAAUCCAUCAACA